AAACAAGGGUUUCAAUGGAAUGUACACUCCUUUCGUAGCUCUGCUAAAACCUUUUGUGAUGUCUGCUGUCGUAUGGAUGAGUGAAUCAAAGGUUAUUCAAAUUCCAACUCAAGGUUCGUUCUCACCUCUCUCCUACGUUCAGCGUAGUUAAAGAUUCGUGAACGCAACUCGUUCAAAGGACGGAAAAACCUGUAAUAUUGUCAUUACUACAAGUGGGGCCAACUUACCGAACAGGCGUCUUUCACCCGGAAAUUCCUGUCAAACGAAUGGCCCAUCAUGUCUGAAGUAACCUCAGAGAGAGGACAACAAAAGAAAACAUCAAAAACCAAGGCAUUUAAAAAAGGUAUUUCUAAACUGGUUAAAAGUCCAAAAAAGUCAUACCCUGCUGUACUGACGUUCAACAACGGAAGUUCAAAUGCUGGUGGCGAUAAGUCGGCAACUUUAUCAUAUGGCUACAGAACUAGGCAUGACGGGACCACCUACAAUCAACAUGGGAUACUGAAGCGCAGCAGAUCCCUAGACCAGUUAGAAGCUAAGGAUGACGACGACACCGAGAGCCUUAAUUCGGCCGCUACGAUCAGUGUGUUCAGAAGUGUCCACUUUGACAGCACUAAACACCUUGGUGAAGGAAAGAUGUCUGACACUGGAUGGGCAUCCUCUUCGAAAAACUCCACGUCGAAUGGCGCCUCGGCAUCAAAAACAGUCGCGCAUGAUCAAGAUUACAUACAACCACAUGCUGUAAAUAAUGGAGCUGCUCCAAACACAUAUGAUAUUAAGUCUAGCAAUCCACCAUAUGCCCGGGUUUCAGGCCGAUCUAGUCUGAACAGUGGGAGUGCAUCUCUAGAUCAUAUUAAUAAUCAAACUCAUAGACCUGCCACCCUGCCUCGUAACACAAAACUCCAAUCUUUUAGUGACGGUAGAGAUGACACCGCAGAUAGUAGUAGAACUGGGAGGCAGUCCCAGAACAAAGGCCAACUUCAGCGAUCGCAGUCAACAUCAAGUUCAAAAGAUCUAGAUAAUCUUGGUGUGAUUAAAUUGGUAGCGAGUACCCAAAACCUAGCAUCAAUGCCAAAAUCUCCAGCACCUGUGACAACACUUUCUGUUCAAUCCAGUCCUCAACAUGAUUUGUCGAGAGUUCAUAAUAUAAGUCCUGCUCAAUUGAGGGAACUGGAAGAACGUAACGAGAGAAAGAUAAGAAGAACCGUGGAUAAGAUCUUGAGAAAACAAAGAGAAACGGGAGCUCCUUCACUUACUGGUACAAAUCAAAAGUUGACAGUUUGGGAAAGUAUGGUUCUUGAAAUCCAGCGAACAAUGGAGACACUCUACAUUGAGAAGGUACAGAAGGAGCGACAUCUAAUACGCAAAGAGACCAUCAAGGAACUUGAAGCUGAAAAGCCGCCAACCCAAGAUAAUGAAACACAAGCUAAUCUUACAGUCGUUGAAGCCAGACCAUUCAUUAAGCCACAAGAGGUACAACAUUCAAAUUUUGAAUCGCAGACUGAUGAAAUUCUAGAACCGGAAAUAAGAUACUCGAUUUUAAAGACCCAGACAGACGAUGUGCGCCAAUAUAACGCUGCCUCCCAAACCAAGGAUCUUGAAGAAGUUGAUAUAAUCGAAUCACUUAAAGCUAGAUUAAGAAACCUUCAGGAGGAUUACGACAGACUAAGAAAACAACAUAAUGAUAGAUUGGAGGAGAUGGAACAAGUCCGUAUUGAGCUUAAUCUCGAAAUCACUCGACUUCGUGAUCAAUUAAAGGCUCAACCAACUUUCGAAAAUUCCACCACACAACACUCACCCAGUAUUCGAAGUGUCGGCUUCCAGACAAACAAACGACAGACGUCAAACCUUGUAACACUUACGGAAGAGACGCCGUCGUAUAAUGCUGGAACACAAACAAGUGACUUGGCUGAAAUUGAAAUUAUUUCUGAACUGCAGAUGAAAUUGGCCAACUUGGAGAGGGAACAUCAGCAAAUGGAGAGCUUGUAUGAAGAGAAAGUGACGGAGAUCAAUACUAUGACGCUCGAAUAUCAACAAAACGUGAUGCACCUAGAGAGCAAGAUCAAACCAGAACCUAAAAUGUCAAAUGUGAAAGUUCAAGUUAGUCCAGACGUUUAUGAUACGGGAAUACAGUCCUCUAUAAGAACAUCUGAUCUUUGGACUUACACCGACCCUGGCAAACAAUACAAAGAUUCAUCUGACCUCCAGAUCCAGGUGCAUACUGUGACCAGAGACCAGAGUUCUUCAACAGUUGUAGCAGAUCAGUGUGACAUAGGAGUCCAAUAUUCACCAGCAACCAGGGAUGCCUCAAACACAACAAUUCUGUCGAUGGCCGAGUUGGGAGAAAUAGAAGAAUAUGCUAGUCUAUAUCGUCAAGAGAGGGAAGAGACUGAAAUCGUAACCAAAAGGGUGAGAUCAGAAACCCCUGAGCUGCCAGACAAUUCAUUGAUGCUAAAAUACCUGGAAACAUCUGGAAACAGAAGUGACGACAUUGUAACAGCAGUUGGUACUCUGCUAAGGUCGGAAGAAGCACAUACAGUCUCAUUGGAAUCCAUGAGACAUAUGGAUGUUGAGACAACUACAGACCAAACCACGAGAGAUUCGACAGGUGGAUAUUAUUCAAAAGUAAUUAACAGUAAUGGAUUUGGUGAAAUUAAUCGUCCAACGACGUCGUUAAAACACAGCAGUUCAAGAACGACGGACACUAACUAUGCUAGUAAUGGAGAUAGUUAUUGGUACGACAGAGACAUGUCAGACGGUGGCAGAGAAUACCACCAUACAACAUCUGGGACUUAUUUCACUAACAUGGGGCGGUCAACCAAAUUAACAAGCACGCCCCAGAGUGAUCGUGAGUACUCAUUUGAAAUAAGCACCUCAAGUAUGGGUCGACCAAGUCUGGAUUCAAAUGGUUCUGUGAGCUCUGAGAGGUCUACCAGAAGAUUUCUUAAGUACGGGCUCACAGGUCAACAACAGCAACCGAUGGCAGAUCCGAGGACUCGUAACUACGUAGCGGAGCCAUGAGCUCAUGUCUCUAGCAUUGUGAAUGUUCUAAAAUCAUGAUCUUUAGCAAUAGCUAUUUUUAAGUCGCUGAACACUGCUCAAUUUUAACAAAUACUAGAAAUAAUCUAUAGUAUAAUUUUAUAAAAAAAAAAAGUUAUUUCCUACAAUAUUACUGUAUAUAGUUCAUUAAUGUAUAUUUGGAACAAAAGACCGACGUCUUGGCAAUAGACACAACUAGUACUAGUCACGCGUGACAUUCAGAUGGUAUAUAAUACAGUGUAUAAGUAUAGCCCUGACGAAAAUAAAUGUCCGCAUUAAACGGAAAAGAAUGACCGUUCUCUUUGCAUUUGGAAAUGGUUUGGUGCAGCGGGGAAGGUUUGAUUUCCCAACAACCUCGAGGUCAGGGUUUCAUUCACUUACAUUGCAUUUCCCUUGUUGUCCUUGGGCAAGGCACUUUAUCUGCAUUGCUUCUCUCCACCCAGGAGUAUAAGUGGGUACCUGGUAGGGUAAAAUGGCAAAAUGUGCUGAUGUAGUAACUGUUGCUGCAACGUUAUGGAAUAUUCCCCCAUUGAACUUCAAUUUGUGUUCCAUAGGCGUUUAAUCCAAUGACCGGGGUAAUGAUAAUGUGAAACGCAUAGAAGGUUUAACAAUUAUGCGCUAAAUGUCUACCAUUAUUAUUUUUGGGGUUAGGAUAUUCACGCGCCAGAACUACCAUAGAAUCGUUGUGGCCUACGCAAAAUACCAACUGAAGUUCACGUGAUUCCACUGGCCAAAUUGUGUUUAUUGCUUAACAGUGUCUACAGGAGUACAAUCAUUUAUAACUCGUACAAGUUUUUUUUUAUAGUUUUUUUUUUAUAACUUAUUACUCCAUUAUUUUAUAUGUAGGCCUACUGGUAGUGUUAGGUUCAAUAUGGGAAAAUGACGAUAACAUUUGUAUCCAUGCAUUUAAUGUUUGUACGUAUUUGUCGAUGCAAGAUAACAUAGGCCUAUGCCAUAUCGUCAUCGUAAUAAUUUAACUUGAAUAAUCCUGUUGUUUAUGGUUUCGCAGAAUUUGUAUUUAGUGUUUCAUGUUUCCUGGGCUGGUAUGAAAGGCUAGAGAUCUAAUUUAGCAUAAUGUUGCAUAUAACAUGCACGAACUUAAAUUAAUAUUCUUGUAUAUUAUUUUUCACUAAAUCAUUCAAUGCAAGUUGAAAUAUUUGAUACUGUUGCUUGAAUGAUUGCCAUCGAGAAAUUGUCGAUAGUUCGUCAAAGCUGGUAGGCUAAUUCUAUGAUCUAUGGCUAUGCAGGCCACAUUUCAGACGAAAUGGCCAUUAGUAAUGAAUGUUUAUGAGUGCAAUUGGAAGAAUAUAUUCAUGAGUUGAAAAAAGGACUGUUCCAUUCUUAGAAGCGCAGACGAGUUUAAUGGAAAUAUUAUUUCCAUUAUUCUUUACAUUGUAACGCAUUAUGUUUUAUAAUACACCUUAUUAGAUCUUGUCAUUUGAUUUUAUGAAAAAAUUAAUUAAAACAUUGUACAUGUAGUAUUAGGCGGACGUGUACAAACGGAACAAUAAAUGGAACAAAUUUAAGUGAAUGAAAUAUAGUGCAAGUAAAUUACAUGAAGGAUGACGCAAAUCACACAUUAUGGAUUACUUUGCCAUAAAACUGUAUGGGAUACACAAUGUCACGUGAUCUUUUCAGAUAAAAUCCACCAAUCAAAUUACAAGGAUCUGAGCCUAUUUGGGUGCGUUAUAGAAGCUCAUUUGUUGAUUGUGUUCAAGCACAGAGAAAAUAGAACAGGUUCAAGUAACCGUUAAUAAAAGGUAUAAAUCUAACUAUUAUGAAUAAGUUUUAAUGGUGAAAUUUUUAACUUUAUAUAUAUGGAAAUGUGGAUGGUAUCGAAAUAUACUUAUGUGACGUGUUAUUAAAUCGCCUAUUUAAUAUGGAUACUGUUUGGACUGUUAUUUCAAGCAAGUAGGCCUAUCGGUCAGCCUUAAGUUUAAUUGGUGGUAUGAAUAAAUAUUGGAAUUGUAUUGCAUACGGAA